GCUACGAACGCGGCGCGCGCGCUCGUGUGUUAUGAAUUCCAAAAUGGCGGUGUUCGAAAUUCGAAAUGUGACAGAUUUGUGUUGGUGCUUCUAUGUUGUCUAUGCGUAAUGGAUUUUGGCAUUUUUUCGUUGUUACAAGAUCUCGAGUUCCGGACGCGAAAAAUUUCACCAGCGGAAAAAAUAUCUUGGACACCCUCCAAACUUUAUGACACUUUGAUGGACGGAAAUAGAUUUAUAUUUUUGGAGACGGAUUAGGAAAUAGCUGGAACUGCAACUUUUGGGACAGUUGACUUGGUUACGUGUGACUAAUGUGAUCAUAUGUAAUUCUGUUUACCUAUGUAACGAAAUGUAAAAAAGAUUACGUUGAGUAAUUUAAAUUAACUGUUAUCAUUUGAGGAUAUGGCAAUUGUGUAGAUAGGAUGCAAUCUAUUAAAAUAAUCUAAGGUGGCAACUUUUAAUUGAAUAUUGAAUAUUAUAAUAUCAACUAUCUUUAGCACCCAUAACGCAAGCUACUCUGUAUGCUUACUUUGGGGCUAGAUAGUGAUGUGUAUUGUUUAAGUAUAUUUUUUUUUUUUAAUUUUGUCUUAGUUGAUUUUCAAUUUACGUAACCUGAAUUUAAGAAUAUAAUAUAAUAAAAGCAAACAGAGAUAAAAAUAUGCAUUUAUAUUAAAAACUCAAGUUAUUUAAAAUACUUAUACAUAUUUUAAGUCAAAUAGUUAUUGAGUUUAAGAACGGAACUAUCCUAGGGAAAGUAAUGAAUUUUUAAAUAAAAAUCCAGAAUUUUUUGUCUGUAUAUUUGUCACUUAAAAUCCAAUUGAUAAUAUACCUAGAGCAUGGUUUUCAAAGAUAUUUAGGGUAAAACUUUUUUAACACAAACAUUCUAUAUGAGCAACCUAUGUUAUUAUUUUGGUUGCUCAUAUAGUAAGUAUAUUCUUUUUCAUUUCCUUCCUUUGUUUGCCCGCGAUGAUUGCACCGAUUUUAAUGAGAGUUUGCACAUAACAUUUUCGUCAAACUUAAGAGGUAAAAUACUUUUCUUUGCUAAAAUUAGAAAACCUUUAUUAAUUAGAUGGUACGAAUAUCACCAAGUCAUCUGAUUCAAGCUAUAAAAGUGAGUCAAAAUUAAACUUAAAAAAUAUAAAUAGUGGUAAUCAAGUGAGUCAGUGACAGAUCAAUGAGUGCUAAACCGAAGAAGUGCAGUGAAGUGGUUCGGAGAAGCAGUGACAAUGGUGAGAGAUACGAACCUGUGCGGCAUAGCGGUGUGGCUGGUGCUGCAGAGCCUGAUUAGGACGAGCGAGGAGAUCGUGGAGUCAAGUAUAAUCCAGGUGUGGUCAGCACCUGGCGCUGAAACCCGCCUGCCCUGCGACUUGGCCGCCUCGGUCCACGACGUGGCCAUGACGAUGUGGUUCAAGGAUGCAGAUCGAAUGCCCAUCUACACUGUCGACUUCAGAAACGGCCCACCAGUCCACUGGGCGAUAGCCGGUGAGUUCGGCACUAGAACACACUUCGUGCUGAACGAAUCUGACCCUUCGUCGGCUCAUCUCGCAGUGGACAAGGUGGCGCGGUACGAUGAAGGCGUGUAUAGAUGCAGGAUUGACUACAUUGAUUCCCCGACUAGGAAUUAUAGAGUCAAUCUUACUGUUAUAGUUCCACCUGACUCGCCGCGGAUAUACGACUCAGAAGGCAGAGAAAUCUUGGGCUCUAUCGCUGGACCCUUCCGAGAGGGGCAGGAUCUACUGUUGUCUUGCCAAGCUUCUGGAGGUAAACCAGCCCCUGACAUGUCCUGGUACCGAGGCGACGAGCGCCUCGCCUCAACCAAGUCCGGCUCGGUGUGUCAGGUCCACCUGCCCGCCCUGUCUCGCGAGGCGUCCGGCACGAAGCUGCAGUGCAGGGUCGAGCCGCCGUUGCUGCAACCGCAGACAAGGGAUGUCACCCUCAAGCUGUACUUGAAGCCUCAGUUCAUCCGAGUGACGGGAGGAGGUCCGACCCGGUCGGGGCACGAGCGCUCCUUCGUCUGCACCACGCGAGGGUCCAAACCCGCGCCCAACAUUGACUGGUUCAUCAACUCACAGCGCAUGGACUCAUCUAUGACACAGGUGGAAGUAGAGGGUGAAGUCACCAGAAGUGUCCUGACCUGGCGAGUGAGAAGGGAAGACAGCGGCCGUCAGCUGGUCUGCCGCGUCUCGAACCCCUGGUUCCCGGCCUACACCCUGGAGGAUUCCUUGACUUUGGAAGUACUUUAUCCGCCAGCCGCCCAGAUAUCUAUGGUAGAGCCCAAAGAGCCGCGCCUGCUCAGAGAAGACGAAGAUGCCGAGUUACUGUGCUCUGCUGACGCUUCGCCGCCGUCUUACAACUUCACCUUUUACAGGGGAACUGAGAACCACCUAAUUCGAGACGACCCCAUAGGAGGUAUAGCAGUAGAAGGCAACAAGCUGGUGCUAAGGGGUCUCCGGAGACACCACUCAUCAAGAUACAGAUGCCGAGCUUGGAACUCAGAGGGCAGUGGACUCAGCGAACCUCUCAACUUGAAUGUACUGUCGCGCCCUGAAUGUUCAGCGGGGAGCGUGGUGCAGCAGAUAGCUGGCGCUCCAGGCGGAGAGGUCAGGGCACGCUGCUCUGUAUCCGCGCCUUCAACUAGGGACGCUGGACCUUUGAGGUUUUAUUGGACUUAUAAUGGGACUAAGGAUGUCUUACCUAUACCGCCAUCAAAUGUCACCAUAAGGGGCGCGACGAGCUCUGUGGUCCAUGGUCUACCCACUGAAGAUGGUGACGAGGAUCUGGGCUGGCUGGCGUGCUGGGCCAGCAACGACAUCGGCAACCAGCGGGAGCCGUGCUUGUUCAGGGUUAUGCCUGCAGCUCUACCCGAGCCUCCGAGCAACUGCGAGAUAGAAGACGAGUUCCUGCGCUGCGAGCCGGGUCACGACGGCGGGCUGCCACAGCGGUUCAUUCUCGAAGCGCUGGAGGUACGCCACCACGCGCCCGUGAUGGGCGAUGACUCCACUAUGAACGAUCAGGGCAUCUCUGGCAGAGGUCUCACUGAAGCAGUAUACAGAGCCAGCAAUGACGUCACUCCGCAGUUUCCCCUGGACGCUCUGUCUGCGGGGCUGUACACUUUCCUCGUGUACUCGGAAACUCCUCGCGGAAGGUCACAGCAUCCGGCUGCGUUGCACAGCAUCCCCAUACGGACUAGCGAUGAUUUGGAUGUACCUGGUUCUCUCCAAACAAUGACUCCGAUGCCACCUCAGCCACCAUCGAACGACAAUAGUGUGGCGCUUCUCGUGGGCGCUUCUCUAUCGUUGGUGUUGCUCACCAUACUGACCACCCUGUGUGUCACGCUGGUGGUCAUUUGCAAGAAGCGACAACAGCCGCAGCGGGAUCCCGAACAAAAUACAAUUCUGCGUCGAAGUGUUGGCGUAUCAAUGUACUCUGGCUCGUCGAUAUCGCCGAGUAUCGUCCCGACGGUGGUGGUGCGGGGUCACAGGGGCUCCCGAGUGCUGGCUGCGAGGUGGUCGGGCGUGCUGGAAGACACGCCCCUUGCUGUGCUGGCUCUAGAUACCAGACCCCAUGCUGACACAGACUCCGGUCACAGUGACGGCGAACUGAUACAAGAAAGAGAUCUACCGACCACUAGACACAAUAUAGAAACACAAAUCGAGUGAUAUGUAGACAAAGACAAUUUUGUGAUCACACAUAAUGAUAAUGUUAAAGAUAAGCGUAAAUAAUUUAUUGCAUUUGUAACCAAAGAUACAUAUGAUUUUUUGAAUACUGACACAAUUUAGGUUGAACAUAGACUAUAUUGUGAUAUAGGUAGAUUACUUUUGUGACGAUACGAUACAAGACCUUCGAUAAUAGAAAAGAAACAUACCUUUAUAUGCUAUUAAUUACGAAUAUAAAAAUAUAUUAAUAAUGGUUGUGCAUAAACAGUAGGUAUGUCUACUGGAUUUGCUGAUAAACAUUUUAGAUUUUUUUUUUUAAAUCGAGAAUUUCGAAGAUCGAGAUAAUUAAAAGGAUAAAGGAAGAUCAAAAAUUUCCAAUGCCACAGCUUUUAACACUAAAAACGAAUAUUAUUUAACGAUAUGAUUGAUUAUGAUUAUGAUGUGUAUGCAUGCAGUAUUAUGUUAGUGAUAAUUUAUUCGUAAUAUAAUAUGUAAUAGUGAGUGAUAUUUAUAUUGAUAAAUAAUACUAAGAUUUGAUUUAAGAACAAUAUGAGAUGUUUCAUCAAAACAGUAAUAACUAUAGAUCCACAAAAGCUAACAGAUUGUUUGUACCUAAAACGAAGGUUUCAAUAUAGGCAAAUUUUAAUGGAGAUUCCAUUCAAACUCUAAGAAGUACGAAUAUUAGACCAUAUUUAAUAUAAACGAUCCACUUCCACAAACUAUUUACAAUGAUAAAUUUAAAUAUUGAGGUAAAGUAAGAAAUUAAAAAAAUUGUUUAUAGCUCUAGACCGCCUGAAGUAUAGUUAACUCUGUUUAACUAGUUCUGUAGUCUGGCAAUUUAGUUGAUGACACUCCCAUGAUAUGCGGGCGACGAGGGGAAAGACUGCGCGGGUGUGAAAUAGUGCGUGCGGAGAAGUGAGUGGGUUUUUCAUUUAUCGCUACACGCCCCCCGGGAGUGUUACGAACGAAGUUGCCAAGCUAUAGAUAGAUGUCUUUAUUUUAUAGUGAUAAUUGACAGACCUUAUUUUUCCGCUGGAAAUUGCGUUUAUGCAACCCAAAUAAGGCGUGAUAAAAACAAGGCACCUUCUUCCACUUGUCUUUGCUAACUUUGUACUACUUACUUCUUAGUUUAAACCACGCAAGUUGCCAUACUUAACAUAUCGAAGGUAUUAAGUCUUUAUGGAAUACGGGUAUUAUAUAUAAACGGUGUUUUACUUUAGGAAAUAUGAUAUUUAUUCCUAACAAUUAUCGUAUACAUUAAUGCAAACUUUGAUCCCACUUAUUAGAUAUAGUUCUUAGGAUUUAAGGAAGUGCAUAUUGAAUUUAUUUAGACUAUUUUAAGAAAAUGACGUAUAAGCUAUGCGCUUGUUUUAUUUAACUAGAUAUUGGAGGAAGAAGGAACUACCUACACUUACCUGUAACAGUGCAUCCUAUCUCACAUUACUAUUAGUUACUUGCUGACGCUACGGGCCACCCUCGUAGUUCUCGUUCCCGUAAGAAUACGGGGAUUAAAUAUAUCCUUUAGCACUAGGGGAUAGUGUAGCUGCCCAAUAGUGAAAGUUUAAAAUCAGUUCAGUAGUUUCGGAAUCUUUUAUUGCACACAAACGAACUUUCAAAUCUAUCUUCUUUAUGAUAUUAGUAUAAAUAAUACACACAAUGUUCUAAGAGUCUGCGAUAGUCAGACAUACUUCUUUUAUGAAUGCUGAAAAUUUCGUCAUCAACCCAUAUUCGGCUCACUGCUGAGCUCGAGUCUCCUCUCAGAAUGAGAGGGGUUAGGCCAAUAGUCCACCACGUUGGCCCAAUGCGGAUUGGCAGACUUCACACACGCAGAGAAUUAAUAUAAUUCUCUGGUAUGCCGGUUUCCUCACGAUGUUUUCCUUCACCGAUUGAGACACAUGAUAUUUAAUUUCUUAAAAUGCACACAACUGAAAAGUUGGAGGUGCAUGCCCCGGACCGGAUCCGAACCCACACCCUCCGGAAUCGGAGGCAGAGGUCAUAUCCACUGGGCUAUCACGGCUCUUACGGCUUUAAGGCUGAAAAUUUGUAAUCCUCCAAUUAUGCAGUUUGGACUGUGGUGGUGGAAAGUAACAGGUUUCAAUGGUCCAAGUUGGACCUUGGUUCUCUACAUUUGUCAAUUUUUCUUAUUGAAUAUUUUAAAAGCAAAUUUGUAGAAGUACCUAACAGUGUAUCUGCGAUGACGAGUUUCGGAGACGGGGACGUACAAACAAAAUUACCUACGUUGUUCUUUUUGAAAUUUUCGAACCUUGUUUAUUUUACAAAUAUCCCGAAAUUUUUUGUUUUCUAAGUAUAGUUAAAAUUUACUUAAUUUUCCCGAAUUACACAUAAAUCAAUUCAUUCAAAGGUAGUCAAAAUCCAAUUGGCACAGUACGUAGGUACCCAUAUAUAAUAAAUAUAUACUGACACAAUACACACAUCACUACUUAGCCCCAAAGAAAACGUAUGUAGCUUGUGGUCCUGUAGGUAUUUAUUGGUACUUUAGUAGCGGAUUUUACCAUAUCUUAUUUAUUAAUUGCAUAUGGUAGGAACAUGGGCAGACAAACUGGAAGUAUUCAUAAAGUGAGGCAGGUAUGGCUAUUUCAGGCUCACAUUCUAUAAUACAAAAUGGCUUCAAAACAAUCGCUAUCAAUUGAAAACUAUUGUUAAUUGGGAGAUACCCAAUUAAGCUGUAUAAUUAUGAAACGAUUAAUUUAUUCCAUGUUUCAAUCUGAUUUCAAUCACUAAUAUUAUUUCAACGAAAUGUAUACGUUUUAGUAUUACAUUGUUAAUUAUAAAUAUUUGAUGAAUAAAGUUUAUAUUUUUAUGAAAUAA